ACCAGAUGUCUCAAAAGGAGAAAACUCGGAUCAUCAUUUGGUUAAGUUUUUUAUCUCUGUUGGUCGACUUUUGGUUCUUUUCUCCAUUCACCAUCAGUAAUUAAAUCAAUUCAUCAACUUUUGGAUUUACCGUUAACGUCAACUUGGCCAUCGCUUGUUUCUAGAUCAUCGUCAAUUAUGGUAUAUUGAUGCAAAGAUUAAAGUCUUCACAAAAAGAAAAAGUCAGACAUUUCAUUCAAUUCACCAAUACCGGAGAGAAAACGGCUAUCUACUGUUUACAAGCCCACGAUUGGAAAUUAGAUGUGGCCUCUGAUGCAUAUUUUAAUGAUCCUCUGCAAUACUAUAAAGAACAAUGUAAUGAUAAAAAGAAAUUGGAAAGUUGGUUUCAAAAAUACCGAGAUCCACACGAUCCCGAUAAAAUAACGUCAGACGGUAUUCUUAAAUUUCUUCAAGAAUUACAAUUAGAACCUGCGGAUGUUAAAGUACUGAUAUUUGCUUGGAAAUGUAAAGCGAAAGAACAGUGUUUGUUCACACGAGACGAAUUUUUCACGGGUCUGAUAGAUUGUGGAGCAGAUACUCCAGAGAAACUUCGACAAAGACUGAUGGCCAUUGAAAAAGAAUUGAGAAAAGAUGCAACGAAAUUUAAAGACCUUUAUUAUUUUACGUUCAACUAUGCUAAAAAUGAAGGUCAAAAGAGUCUGGACCUGGAGAUAGCUUUGGCUUAUUGGAAUAUAUUUUUUAAUGCUGAACCCUUUUCAAACCCUGAUCCAAGUGGUAAUUCAUCUAGGUCAGCCUCUAAUAGUCAACCUAUUGGUAUAGUUCCAUUUAGAUUACUACCCUUAUGGUCGUAUUAUCUCAAAAAUCAUUACCAGAGGUCGAUAAGUCGUGAUACAUGGAAUUUAUUAUUGGAUUUUAUAUGCCUCAUAAAGGAUGAUUUGAGUAAUUAUGACGAAGAAGGUGCUUGGCCCGUUCUUUUGGAUAGCUUUGUUGAAUGGGUUAGAAAAGGUAACCAUGAAAAUGUUCAAUAGUGAAAAAGAAAUUAAUUUGUAAAGUAAACAAAUUGGUCGUGCACAAAAAAACCAAAUAACAUCUAAUUCACCAACAAACAACAUUCAUAUCAUUAACAAAUCGCUUAAAAAAAUCAUUUCUUAAUCAAAAAUAGAGAUGGACGAUAAACUUAAUGAUCAUCUUUAUAAGCCUAAUAUGCAACGAGCAAAGAAACUCUAAAAUGAAAAAGAAAAUGUGCCCUGUGAUGAGAAAAUUUACUCUAAUUUUUUUUCUUUAUUCAUCUUGAUAAACCUUUGCUCCUUGUUUCUUUAAAAUAUUGAAUAUCACACUUUUCAUUAUUCAAUUUCUUAUCCCCUUCAAACUUCGUCUCGAUGAUUUUUCAAAUUCAUCUCCCACUUUGAUAACAACUUUUUUUGCUUUCGAGAAAAACCUAAACAGAAUUAUGUAUCCCGAUCGCGUUUCUGCUCAAGGAAAUAGUACAUUUAGUAACAUUGAUGAAAGUUGUAAUUUCAACCUUUUGAAAUAUUUUAUUGGAAAGUUAUGAUUCUUAAGGAAUAAAGAGCAAACCAGCCAGAA